AGCUCUGCCUGGUAUCUUGUCAUAACCAAUGUGUAUUUUACAAACAGAAAAAAAUGAGUUUUGAAGCAUGAUUUAGAGCUAGUCUUGCCAAGAGCUCAGUACUGCAGAAUUAAUUGUUCAACUCUCAUAUUUAGCUCAAAAGGCCACCCUGCAGAUGUAAAAAGCAUAUGGCUUCGUGCCUCCCCCUGCCUGUCCCCUCUGCCUCAAAUUUUUGACUCCAUUUCAACCUCCUCUCUUUAGUUGCUCUCAUUUUCGCAACAAAAGUUCCCAUCUUCCCCAGGAGGUGCUGCGAGGCAGGUGGUGGCUGUGGAACAUUUUGGAGUGAUCUGGUGGCACCCCCUGCUAUACAGUGACCAUUGGCGGGGGACAAAAUGCAGUGCUCGGAUGAACCUUCUGACCACAAAUAGACGCAUACACUCUGCAAGAGUGUAGGUCGCUAAAAAAUACCUUUAAUGUGUAUUCAGGGAUGCCAUGUGGCACAUCCCCACUAGAUACAGAUGACUGGAUUCACUGCUCAUUACCAAGGUAAAUUUAUAGCUUUAAGAUCAAUGUACACAGCAGUGCCUGGGUUACAAAGCCAGGCUGCUCUCAUUCAAGACACAUCUUUUUGUUUUUUUUUUUUUUCCCUUUCCAUACAUUAUUCAGUAGCAAAAUAUUUCAUGGAAAGUAACUUGUCUACCUACAGCCACCUAAAAGCAAACUCACUGCUAUGCCACACGUUCCCCAAGCUGUGGUACACAUCUUCUCAGUGCCACUGCUGAGCAGGAACCUGGCAGAGCAGGCAAGGAGCCUGAGGUGGUGUAAGCACAGUACUUGGAUUUAACAGUUUGGGAGCUCCUGUUCCGAAUUCAGACUUGCCCACAGGCCGGAUGUUGCCUCGCCACUUGCACAUACCUAAGGGCAAGUCUUUGAAAAGCCGGCGCUGGCUGCACCGCGAAAUGGCGGCCAGGCCCCCUCACACCUCACGCCACCUCCAUCCUCGGCCUCUGAGCACCCCGGAGCGGGGAGCAAGCGAUCGCUUCCCCAGCGCCUCGCCGGGCAGCAAGCAGGACCCACGGCACAGCCGAGACGACUUGUGGAACGAGAGGCACCGCCGUAAGAGCGACAGGGCCAGGCAACACCUCCCGACAUGGCGGCGGCUCCCCCUUCCCGCCUUCCCGCCUCCGUGCGGGCGGGCCCGGGGCGGGCCCCGGCGGCCCCAUAAAGCCGGGUGCGCGGGACCGGCCGCCCUCUUGCUCCGGCGUGGUUGAGGCCUGUGCAAGGGCAGGGGGCUGCUGGGCCUGCUGCAGACUUGAAGUGAUGGCUGGAGCUGGCUGGGCUCAGCAGUGUGAUGAGGGCAGUUGCCUGGUUUGCUCCACUGUGCCUGAACCCCUGAUGGGUGUGAACGGCCUGUGCAAGGGCAGGGGGCUGCUGGGCCUGCUGCAGACCUGAAGCCAUGGCUGCAGUGGAUCAGCUGUGCAGUGUGGCGAGUUGGCCUGCUUUGCUUCACUGUUUACUUUCUCCUUUGGCAGAAGAGAAUGUUAUCCCCUGUGUUGUAUCUCAGUGGAGCGUCUGGAGUGGUUGCGCAGAGCCUUGCAAGACAACAUACCGUGUUCGGAGGAGGCAUGUCAUCCAGGAGCCCAGGAACGGAGGAGAGGUAUGCCCUCCUCUGGAGGAGAGGGCUGGCUGUGUGGAGUACUGGACUCAGCAAGGAACAGAGUGCAAACAGUCCCUGAUCCCCGCGUUAAUAACAACAGGAGGUUUUGGAAAAGCAAGGAAAAAAAGAGCUGCAGACGACGGCAAUGAAAGAGUGGGAUACUGUGUUGAAUUCCAGCUUGUGGCCAUCACACCAGCCUGCUUGCACAGUCACCACUCGUACACUCACUGGAUGCAGUAUCUCAGGGAGGGCCACACUGUCUGCGUGGAGUGUCAGCACCCAGCUUUAGACUCCAAGAGUCUACAUUGCUACGGGGAUGGCAGCGGAAGCAAAAAGAAUCAGCUGUUGCACUGGCAAGCAGUAGGGAACCCUCGAUGCAGGGGAACCUGGAAGAGAAUUCGCCAGCUGGACACUUGCUCCUGCCCUUCUGUUCACAGCUUCUUGUUCAUCUAACCUCUGACAGUCUCAGCAAGCAAGUGGUGUGACAGUCGUCUGGCACAAGCACGGAGCAGCAAGAGUAAUCACAGCCAAAACAAUGACUUCUCCAUGUCAGAGGCUAUGCUGCUUACGUUCAAGAGGUUGCUGUCUGCACUGGGUCAUCUCUGUCCAUGUGUACUCCUCAAUUUCCAGAGAAAUCAGGCUGGCAGUGAAGUGCCAGCCUCCUUCUGUAUAUCCAUUCCUGUAGCCUCUUCUGCCUGAGAGGCCUUUCUGACCCUGCUGUCUUCUUUCAAAUUAACCCUCCCAUCCUCACAUAAGAAAGCAGACAAAAAAGCCCACAUAAACCCAAGUUUAAUGAUUAUUUUCUAAAAUCCUACUGAAAAAAUCAACAGCAGAAUGAUUUAACUCAAGUGCCUUCUUUUCAUGGCAGUAGUAUUUCUUCAUGGAUGCUUGUGCUUAUAUAUCUUUCCCUUUUGUUCGCCUCCCUCCUCCUGCCCCCGGUCUCAUCAUUUCAUAUUGAUCCUCAUUCUAUAUUGAUCCUCACUCUUACAGAGGGUUGAUCUUGUGCUGCUGAGAUAAUGGAAAAACUUAGAAAUGAGCCUGUUCAAAUCUGUGAGAAUAGAAGGUACCAGGGAUAAAUGGGUCCUUGACUUCAGGUUUCAAGGAGCAUCUUGGAGUUGCCCCAAAAUGCAGUGCUGUCCUGGAACUCUAAAUAGCAAAUCAUCCCAGCUGUACCUGGAGGGGCUGGCUGUAGCCUUGUAUUUUUAACUGGAAAGUAUUUUCUUUAUAUUCUGAUGAUUUAUGUUCACGCAUCUCUAUAAAUGGAAAUAAAAGAGACUGGAGAGAGACGGUCUCCCAGUGUGAGAUUGA